AUGUUCUCGCUUUUUACUGAAAUAAGUGAGUGUCGAGGAGGCGGUGGAGGAAGAGGAGGCGGUGGAGGAAGAGGCUUCGGUGGAGGAGUUGGAAGAGGAUUUGGUGGUGGAGUAGGAAGAGGAUUUGGUGGAGGAUUCGGAAGAGGAUUUGGUGGAGGAUUUGGAAGAGGAUUUGGUGGAGGAUUUGGAAGAGGAUUCGGUGGAGGAUUUGGAAGGGGAUUCGGUGGAGGAUUUGGUAGAGGUUUUGGUGGAGGUUUUGGUGGAUUUGGGAGACCACUUAUUGGAUUCGGCGGAUUUCCAGUUUUUCCUUUCUUUAGAAGGCGUCGUUUUUAUUAUUAG